UCUGUUGGUGGAUCUGUUGGAGGGUCAGUAGGUGGAUCAGUUGGUGGAUCAGUAGGGGGUUCUGUUGGUGGAUCUGUUGGAGGUUCCGUUGGUGGAUCAGUAGGGGGUUCUGUUGGUGGAUCUGUUGGAGGUUCCGUUGGUGGAUCUGUUGGAGGUUCCGUUGGUGGAUCAGUAGGGGGUUCUGUUGGUGGAUCAGUAGGGGGUUCUGUAGGUGGAUCUGUUGGAGGUUCCGUUGGUGGAUCAGUGGGAGGGUCUGUUGGAGGAUCCGUUGAAGGUUCUGUUGGUGGAUCUGUUGGAGGGUCAGUAGGUGGAUCAGUUGGUGGAUCAGUAGGGGGUUCUGUUGGUGGAUCUGUUGGAGGUUCCGUUGGUGGAUCAGUAGGGGGUUCUGUUGGUGGAUCAGUAGGGGGUUCUGUUGGUGGAUCAGUAGGGGGUUCUGUAGGUGGAUCUGUUGGAGGUUCCGUUGGUGGAUCAGUAGGGGGUUCUGUUGGUGGAUCAGUAGGGGGUUCUGUUGGUGAGUCUGUUGGAGGUUCCGUUGGUGGAUCAGUGGGAGGGUCUGUUGGAGGAUCCGUUGAAGGUAUGCAUUCUGGUUCUGUAAUAAAU